AUGGGCGGGGAGUUGGGCGACUUCGUAAACGGUGUUCUGAGCUCCUUAGCUCCGAUUUCUGAGUUUUACCGAAGUGGAGUAUAUGCCUUGGGUGGAAGAUGCUUCAAACACGAGAUCAAAACUAUUUCAUGGAGGGAAGGGGUCAAGGAUGACCAGUUAACGAAUAUUUUGACCAAGUUUUUGCUAAAAUUUAGGCGAAGUAUCAUAGAAAAUGGACAAGACCCACUGUACCUCCCUGGUGACUCUGAUAACUUCACUGUAUCUCUGUUCAACACGACACUUGAGGGAAACAUCUGGGUGGAUGAAGGUCGACUCCAAGGUCUGUCAACCAUCCACCGUGCUGGUAACAUGACCCUCCAGUAUGUUGGAGUGGAGGAUGAGGUCAUCUGGGGAGGUGAAGUCGGCCUCAUUGACCUCCAGGUUGAGUACGCCUCGAGGUUGACCUUGGCUUUCUUCGGCAAGGAGCUCAAGAUCUUACUUAAGAUGUCCUUUGUCCACAUCAGCUUUGAGACCGAUGUGUUCCUUCACCAGUCACAGCUCACCUUUGCUUACUGUAACAUCACCGAGCUGGGACCGGUACACUUCAAGGAGAAGGGAGCGGGACCCCUGGACACACCUCUCUACAACCUGCUGGCCAACACUGCUGUAGGAGAGUUACACGCUCUUGUCUCCAGCACUCUGCAGGAGGUUGUCUGCGCUUUGCUGGAAGACGUCUUUGCCACGGGAUAACCACGUCUCUGAUUUUAAACACCAGUGGUUGUAACGGUGGUGGUGACGGUGGUGGUGACGGUGGUGGUGACAGUGGUGGUGACGAUGGUGGUGAUAGUGGUGGUUAUUCUUAGUAACAUUGGCACUGCUGUUGCUGCUGCUGCUGGUAGUAGUACUACUACUGCUACUACUAUGGCGACUUCUACUACUACUGCUCCACGUCGUACUGCUACUGCUAAUACGACUGCUGUUACUACUAUUACUAUUGCUACCGUUACUGCUGCUAGUGGUACUACCACUACGACCACUACUACCAUUACUACCACUACUACCACUACUACCGCUACUACCACCACUACCACUACUACCACUACUACCACUACUACCACUACUGCCACUACUACCAUACUGCACUACUACCAC